GUCGUUCGUUUCUCUUCAAUCACUUACAAAAUGAACGCAAUUAUUCCCGUCAUUAUUUUCUUAACUUCAAUUGAAUGUGUCGCAUCAAUAAACUAUCAUCAAAUCGGCGAUUGUCAUUACGUCGAUUCGUAUCAAUCGUUUGACGGUAAAUUUAAUUUGACAUUCAUUUGUGUUGAGACAAAUUACGAAAAUACAUUUUUCACAAAAGACACCGCGUCCACAUGCAAACGAAACAAUUAUAAAUUCUACAAAAGUGCAAUUGGUGUGAUUAAUUUCAAAGAUUGUGAUCUACAUCAAAUCGAUUCGAAUUUCUUCGAUGUGUACUCGAAUGUGUUUAGCUUAAAUAUAUCCAAUCUUGGUUUGCAGUCACUGCAACCCGAUUUUUUCAAAUCGGCAAAAAGUUUAACCAAAAUAAAUGCAUCGCACAAUUACUUGAAUGAGAUGCCAACAUUGAAUCAGUCCAACAAGCUCGUCGACGUCGAUUUUUCAUAUAAUUUGAUCAAAAACAUCAAUGCAAAUACAUUUACAGCCGAUAGUAACCGUGUGGAAAUGUUGAACUUAUCACAUAACAACAUAACGGAGUUGAGUGUUCAAUUGUUUAAAACAAUGCCCGAAUUGAAGCGUUUAUAUGUGUCACAAAAUCGAAUCGGUGACCUUCCAUCGUUUUUAUUUCACAAUUCGAAAAAUCUCGUCGAAGUUGACUUGUCAAACAAUCAAAUCGGUCGAAUUGAUGAUUUGGCAUUUUUCGGUGAUUCAAAUUUGGAUAAAAUCAACUUGUCCAACAAUCAACUCACGGCAUUCAAUAAGAAAAUCAUCGAAAAUCAUGAACAUUUAACUCAUUUGGACAUUUCGCAUAAUCUUAUUGACAAACUCAAAGCAGACACAUUUCAAAAUCUUCGGAAUUUAAUGCAUUUGAAUUUGGCUGAAAAUCCAAUUAAAGCGGUUAACAAUGAAACGUUUUUGACUCUCGUCAAAUUGGAGCAUUUGAAUUUGUCAAAAACUUUGUUAAAGGAAAUCAAACCGCGAACGUUUUUACAUCAAAUUAAUUUGAAAACUAUUGAUUUGACAAACAAUGAAAUUCAGGUAUUGAAUUCGGAUAUUUUUCCCGAUAAACUCGAAAUAUUGCAAACGAUUUUUGUCGAGGGUAAUCGAUUACACACAUUAAAUGGUUUCACGAGCUUAAUUUAUUCCAAAUUUCAUGGUAUCGAGAGCAAAAAAUUCAAAUGCACAUUUUGGAAUGUUGAAUUUCAACCGACAACGUGGACGGAACUAGAUAACACAUGGGUAAAGAUUAAGUGCACAAUAUCGGAUGAUAGACAACAUAAUGCAAUCUAUACGACAGAAGUAUCGAGUGUAAGCAGAGAAUAUAGACAGAUUGAUAAAAACACAAAUGAAGUAACCACAGUCAAUUAUGGAAAAACCAAACAACUUGAAUCAAAACAUAUCAUAGGCUGUAAUGGUGCUGAAACGUCUAUGCACAUAUUUAUAACUACUUGGAUCAAUAGUGUUUGUUUGAUUGUCGCUGUUAUUUCGUUGAUUUACUUCAUUUUACAUCGAAGACGAAUGCACAAAAUCACC